AUGUUGACCUUUCUGCAACGAAUUCUACAAUUUUUCAUUACAAAGCUGGACCGCAUGUGGCACAUGCAGUUCCAACGUGCCCAUGGGGAACCAGUACCCAAGUCCGGCAGCUGGGUGGCGACAAUGGAUGCUGAUGAGUUGGACCAAACGUCGACUAGAACAUUCAAUGCCCGUCUUAUUGUGAAAAUCUUGCUCCACGUUCUCAACACAGUCCUCGGCUUUCUUGUGUACGUUGCCCCGGCUGAUCCCGAUCAGUGA